GCAUUAUGUCCCUACUUGUACUAUCACUGCUAUCACAAAAGUCCAAAAUUGCUGCCGUUCGCUUAGUGACGAAGGUAGAAUGCAAUGUGACGAAAGUGAAGGCAGGAAAAAUUAAUCAAUAAUCUUAUGAGUGAAAACGAAUAAAGUUUCAAAGCACUGGAUUAGUAAUAGGAUAACAUUUCCGAUAAGUGAAGUCUGCUAGUUUGAAUCUCUAGAAAACGAACGGUGACCGAAAUCCAGGAAAGUGUGAUGUGAAAACCGAAAAUUUCUGAAAAAUAAAAAUCAGAACAUUCGUUAAUGGAUACAUUCGAAUUUGUAUAGCUUGUUCUUACAAAAAGUAGUUAUCUCUCAGUGAAAUACAGUACUUUCGAAAAUAAUUGUCAAAAAAAAAUCUGGCUGACUCUGAAAUUUGAGAAUAAAUCAUCUUUUCGAGUUCUAAAUAGCAAACUAUCAACCAUAAGCAUAGCCACUAAAGAUGCCCAUUGUGAACAUAUUGAAGCGAGCCUCUAGCUACAUUAUGGGCAGUGAUGAUGAUGGUGAUGAGAGCAGCGAACUUUUGUACGAAGAUAAUGAGGUACUGUUUUGCAAGAACAACAUUUGCGUCCACCCGCCGGCUGUUAUCCGUCAGGAGUCCGAUAUACUGCACUAUCCUGGUUAUCUCACCGUUACCACCAAAACCUUUAUCGAUCAGUAUAAUAAUGCAAAGAGGCCAACACUGUUUCUCACAUGGAUCCCGAAUUCAACCUUGAGGAAAUGCCCGUCAACGGUGGAGAAUGUGGCUUUCUUCCGAACGAAUGGCUUGAGCGAAAAUAAGUUGAAGCAACUUCAACAGGAACAACUAAAACUCCACCAGCAGCAAAAGGAAUCGAUAAGCCAGACGCAAAUACCAAAAUCCGACGUUGUCCCUAAUCCACCGGAAAAGACGGGAGAUAAUCCAUUCACUACAACGAUAAAGAUUGCUAAUACGAAUCCCUUCUUGGAGCCGUACAACGAUACCAUAGCGCAAACUUCAAACGAUACCAAAUCUAUGAACUGUUCGGACUACUCCGAAACACUAAGCAUUAGUUCAAAUUCGGAUAAGGCUAGCAUCUGUAACAGCACCGAGUAUAGUAGAGAUGACGUGCACGACGAGGAAGAAGAUGAGGGAAUCAUCAGCUGUGACACACAUUUAUCCAGCAGUAUUAUUGAGGAAUCAGUCGAAGAUCAGGAAUUGAAAACUGAACUACAGCCACUAAUUGAGACGGAUGAAUCGAAAGCAAGCACUAUUAUCAAGGUUUUACCCACACAAUCGUCGGUCACUUCCGUGAACAUAACUAUCGCCAGUCCACAUAUCCAGAAUGUGGACAUUUCCCCUCCAGAGUCAUCCCUUCCCCAUAAUGAGCGAUUUAUGCGUUCACUUUCUAUCUCUUCUACCGAUGAAAACAACCCCAAUUGGAUGUCUCCGGAGUUACUGGCGUUCAAGCAUAAUUUGGCAUUCCCAGAAAGUGCUUCAGCUUCGCCUAUAAUUAGCAGGAAGGCCCCAGUGAAAUGCAGAAGGUUUUCGGUCGACCUCAGUCAAAUGCGAGCAUUGCGUUUAUUCUUCAAUGACGAGAACUGCACAUCCGGCCAGCUGGUGAUCGCUUCGCGUGAGUCUCAGUACAAAAUUCUCCACUUUCAUCAUGGUGGAUUGGACCACCUAGCACAAGUACUGCAUCAGUGGCACUGUCUAUUGCACAACAUCAAACUUGCGCCAGGUCAAGACGAGCCAAAUCUUCCGUACCGCCAAUUCAUGGUGUGUCGGCCGGAAGUGCGAAAGUCCGAACUUCAUCCAGAGGAGGGGAAAGUCAACAAGAUAACAACUGAUUACUUCUACGGAACGCUGCUGAACGAUAAGGGCCAAAUCGAGGAUGACUUACAGCUGCGCAAAUGCGUUUUCUUUGGAGGCCUGGAGAAAAGCUUGCGCAAAACGGUUUGGCCCUUCCUGUUGCACUGCUACAGCACUAACUCGACGUUCGAGGAUCGGGCAGCCUUGGCGGAAAUUCGCCGCCAGGAGUACGAGGAAAUCACUAGACGACGGUUGUACUCGAUGUCACCCGAGGCACAGGCACAGUUCUGGCGCACGGUGCAAUGUGUCAUUGAGAAGGACGUCAUCCGCACAGAUCGUGGGAAUCCAUUUUUCGCCGGGGAAGAUAAUCCCAAUAUUGAUACCAUGAAGAACAUACUGCUUAAUUACGCCUUCUAUAAUCCGGGAAUGUCUUAUACACAAGGAAUGAGUGACUUGUUGGCUCCUGUGUUGUGUGAAAUAAAGAAUGAGUCGGAAACAUUCUGGUGCUUCGUGGGAUUGAUGCAACGGGCAAUUUUUGUUUGCACACCUACUGAUAAUGACAUCGAUCGGAAUUUGUUUUCACAAGAGUGUUUCCCGUCCUCUUCCGAUAUGAGUAGUGCUUAUAAACGCCAGUUUUAUUUAUCAAAUCCCGCCAAGAAACAUUACGCUCAAAAUAAUAGUUUGGCGUGUUUCAAUAAGUGUUAUCUGCGGGAAUUGAUACGCCUGAUGGUUCCUAACUUCUUCAGACAUCUUGAGAAACACACCGACGCGAUGGAAUUACUUUUCUGCCAUCGUUGGAUCCUUCUAUGCUUCAAGAGAGAGUUCACGGAAGCCGUAGCGAUCCGCAUGUGGGAGGCGUGUUGGUCCAACUAUCUGACCGACUACUUCCACUUGUUCCUAUGCCUGGCCAUAAUCGCAGUGUACGCCGAUGACGUGAUCGCUCAAGAUUUGCGAACCGACGAGAUGCUUCUGCACUUCAGCUCGCUGGCUAUGUACAUGGACGGUCAGUUGAUUCUACGCAAGGCUAGGGGUCUAUUGCACCAAUUCCGCCAGUUUCCGAAAAUUCCCUGCACGCUGUCCGGACUGUGCAAACGAUGUGGUCCUGGAAUGUGGGAUUCCGGCCACCAUCCCUCGAUCGAGUGCAUAGGACACUUGGAUCAUGAAACUUGUGCACUUGCGGUGGACUAAGCUACCGACGCAACGAAUACGAAGGAAACACAUUCCAGUGAUAAACGGAGGCAAAUGUAUUUGCGUUCGUGAGAGGAUCUGAAAAAGCUUUAUUGUCUAGGUUUAGCUUUAUAACAAAUGACUACUUGAAUAUACAAGAAUCGCUUAGAAAUCGAGAUUUAUUUACGGCAAAAAGUCACACUAUAAAAUAUUGUUUUGCUGCUAAACAGGACGGAGUUUCAGCUUGCUAACUUUAACGCAAAGUUACUAUAUUAGUAAGCAAUUCAAUUAUUCUUAGCGUGGGGCGUAUCCCUUCAAUGCAAUCAAAUACAAACGCAGGCACACAAAACCAGAAACAAUAAGCGAGAGUAGUGUUUGAGGCAUGCUUUUGAGCGCUCCUGAAAAACAUGGGCGCGUGAAACUAUUAUAUCUUGACAUCGCUUACUUGCUAACGGAACGACACUAUAACAUUAUUUAAGUUCGCAGAGAGCAAAAUAUAGCAAAGAAUAAACAUACAAUAGUCUGGUAGAAGCACGUAUUAUACCUGGCCAUUAUCUCUUGCGAAAGAAAAUACGGCGUGUUACAGAACUAGUCCUGAAGUAACAAAAAAUUAAAAACACAGCAGAGAUGCGCAGUAAAUUAAUUGUUGUUGAUGUUAUGACGUAUUUACACAAAUUUUAUAAUUAUUCUAAAGGUAGCUAAACCAGAUGAUCCAAAUUGUUUUUAAAUAGGAGAGGUUGAAUGAAGUGGAUGGGGUGUAUGAGUAGGGUUUCAAAUAAGUUGGUGAAGUUGCAUACGUUUAAUUUUCUUCUCUUUCGCUUAGUAAAGCUUCCGAAACUUCCCCAGAUAAACAGUCAUCAAAUUCCUCGUGCAUUUGUAAGAGCAGAUUUCUAGAUUAGUGAAAAUAAUAAUGUAAACCUUCAGUCACAGUAAUAAAUCAGCGACGCUAACGAAAAAAUACUCUUCAAAGCUGUUGUACUUAGUGGUAGGUUUCAUUCGAGGGAACCUGUUUCCAGUUGCACUCCUUCGCUAAGAGUCUACUUUGAAAAAGUCAUCUCAGCGCUAACCACAGUUGCGUUUUUCCUAUGAAGUAAAAUUAGGCAUUGAAAAUAUGUGUCAUCAACCGAUGUAAUGUGAACAAGUAAUAUGGGAUAAUCGAUGGGCUAAACGUUUAUGCUGAAAGGUAAAACGAUCAAAAUUUGGUCAACUUGAAAUUUGACAUAUUAUUCUUAAGUUUCUUUUUUGAUUUUGACGUUUUCUCUAAAAUUCUCAACAUGGGGUCCUACCAAAAUGAGCAACGCUCGAAAAUUUUGCUUGCACUACAUGAACAUCUAAACUUAUCACACGCAAAGUUGUCAAACUCGGAGUUGAAGUAGCUUCAGUUUUUCGCAGUGACGGAGAACUGAAAAAAGGGAGCCAUUUUCAAGACCAUGAAACAUGCAAAAAAACAUCACCACCGGGACCACUGCAAACAAUACCAUACCGACAACCAGCAACUUUGUACAUCUUCGACACUUCUUUUUUUUUUGAAAACCUCGUAAGCUAAAUGAUGUUGGUUUGUCCAGUCGAAAAUAAGAUCUUGGUUUGUCCACUUUUCUGAAUGCUCUAGUUCAGCGCAACUGUGUCAAAUCAGGUAUUCAAAUAUUUUCAAACACAUAAAUAAAACAAAUCUUUUUCAUGAUUUACAGUAGUUCUAUAGGAUAUUUUUACGGAUUCACUUGUUUUAAAGGUUUAUAAAAUCCACCUUCUAUUGGUGUCAAUACGUCCCUCAUUUGAGCAAACUUUGAAUCAACCACCAGAUGAUUAUUUGGUACGUAUUCUGACCUUUUAUGGAUUUUACCACUUAAAGAUAUUGUAAAAAUCAUGCUUGCACACCAUUUUCUCGAUGACCUAAAUUGUGAUCAUGGUUUGACUGAUUAGCUGCUGUUGGUUUGUCUACAUGAUCACUAUGGCAACCGCUUGG